AACCCAACCCAUCACUACCCCCUUUACCGCUCUACAAACCCCCCAAAAGCUUUUAACGCGUUUUCACACUCUUCAUCCUCUCCGAUCAUUACAGAUCUGAACCAACAACACUUUCCGAUCCACCGACAAUGCCACUUUCCGUUCAAAACCUCCGUCGAUACCCCUUCAUCGCAUCUCUCAUCCUCCUACUAAUCUCCGUCGCCUUCUUCAUCCUAACCACCAACACUCUCCGUCAACCAAUUAUAACCAAAACGUCGCCGUUUCGAGAAAUCGUUAGUAACGUAACUAAUUCUGUUACGUAUGUUGCUUCGGAUGAAGUGGAUAGUGACGAGGGUUUGGAUAACUGGAAGGUGUGUCCGGGACCAUUAGCGGUUGAUUACAUACCGUGUUUGGAUAAUUGGAAGGUUAUUAAGUCGUUGAAAUCGAGACGGCAUAUGGAGCAUAGAGAGAGGCAUUGUCCGGAUCCUAACCCUAGGUGUUUGGUUCCGUUGCCUGAGGGGUAUAAGGUGCCGGUUUCGUGGCCGAAAAGUCGGGAUAUGAUAUGGUUUGACAAUGUCCCUCACCUUAAGCUUGUCGAAUACAAGAAGGAACAAAACUGGGUGAAAAGAUCCGGCGAUUAUCUUCUUUUCCCCGGAGGAGGUACUCAGUUUAAGGAGGGUGUUACUCAUUACAUCCAAUACAUAGAAAAGAAUCUACCGAAGAUUGGUUGGGGGAAGCGUACACGGGUGAUUCUCGACGUCGGUUGUGGUGUUGCUAGCUUUGGUGGGUAUUUGAUGGACAAAGAUGUUAUGACAAUGUCAUUUGCUCCGAAAGACGAACACGAAGCUCAAAUACAGUUUGCGCUUGAAAGAGGAAUUCCCGCCACACUUUCAGUAAUCGGAACACAAAGACUGACGUUUCCGGAUAACGCUUUUGAUUUGAUUCACUGUGCACGAUGCAGGGUGCAUUGGGAUGGAGAUGGUGGAAAGCCGUUGUUGGAGUUAAACAGGAUUCUGAGGCCUGGUGGAGUUUUUAUCUGGUCUGCUACACCAGUUUAUCGUGAUGAUGAAAGAGAUAAAAAAGUUUGGGAAUCCAUGGUAGCUCUCACUGAAGCUAUAUGCUGGAAGGUAGUGGCUAAAAGUUUUGAUUCAUCAGGAAUAGGACUGGUCAUAUACGAGAAGCCUCUUUCGUCUUCCUGCUACGAAUCACGUAAACAAAACAAUCCACCACUAUGCGACGAAAACAUCCGGCCCAACACUUCAUGGUAUACACCCCUUGAUGGCUGUAUUUCCGCAAUUCCAGUAAAAAGUACGUGGCCUAAACCUUGGCCUCAAAGGCUUAAAAGUAAACCGUUAAGUCUUUCAACCGGUCCGGAUGCUGAAAGGAUCUUUCAUGAGGAUACUAGACGCUGGUCUGAAGUUGUUACGAAUUUUUACAUUGGAGGCCUUGGUGUAAACUGGUCGAGUGUGAGGAAUGUGAUGGAUAUGAAUGCUGGUUAUGGCGGGUUUGCUGCUGCGUUGACUGAUUUACCCCUAUGGGUGAUGAAUGUUGUUCCUGUUAAUGGGCCAGAUACUUUACCUGUAAUAUUUGACAGAGGGCUGAUCGGUAUAUACCAUGACUGGUGCGAAUCGCUUAAUACUUAUCCUAGAACGUAUGAUCUUCUACAUUCCAGCUUCCUUUUCGGCAACUUAACCCAGAGGUGUGACAUGUUGGAUGGUGCGAUUGAAAUGGACCGCGUAUUAAGACCAGGUGGAGUUGUGAUAGUUGAAGAUACCAUAGAAAUGUUAAAAAAGCUUAAACAUAUUCUGCGGUCACUUCAUUGGUCAACCACCAUACAUCACCAACGAUUCCUCGUUGGUAAGAAAGGUUUUUGGCGUCCUCAAACCGAAAGUUAACAAAAUUUUCCAAUUUGGUUUCGUGUAUCAUCUAGUUUUCUUUCUAUAUUUAUAGAGCGGGUAUAGUGAAAAAUCUCGAUGCUUAGAAGAAGAACACAAUUCGGAUCAGUUAUUUAAAAUAUAUUUAUAUGAAAUGUCAGUCAAUAUUACCACCAAUGUAAAUUUGUUGUCAUACAUAGCUAUGCCAUAAGGUGUUGGUUUUGGUUCAUCUACUUGGAGGUUUGGACAGAUAUCUAAUGCAAGUAAAAACCUCAGUAGCUAAAGACUGAGAUGUUUAUGUUUA